AUGUCCACCGGACGCCCGCUGCUGGCAGCUCGCACCUCUUCCGGCGACGCGUCCAAGGAUGGCGGCAACACCUCUCCAGGCGGCGGUCGCCAGCCCGGUGGUCGCCCCAAACGCACCCUGAUCGAGAGCGCCUGUUCGGCUUGUCGUCGUAGGAAGUCGAGAUGUGACGGCGUGAGGCCAACAUGCUCGCGAUGCCAGAACUUGCGCACCGACUGCCACUACGAGGCAGAAGAGGGCGAAAGUCGCUGGUCCGCCCUCCGGCGCCGAAAUCAGAUUCUCGAAGGCGAGCGCGACCAGCUCAGGGAAUUGAUGAGCUUUGUGCAGACGCGAUCCGAGCCUGAGGCAUUGAACCUUUUCCAGCGCAUUCGCAGCAGCAACUACGACGACCUUUUCCUGCUGUUGCGCCAAACCAAAGAUGGCACCCUGGGCAUGUCGCAAAACCUCGUCGCAACCACCUUGCCACCGCCCCCAGCAUCAGGAGAACAGCGCCUCCCACCCAUCCAAACCAUCCUCGACGCACCAUCAUCUCGCGGCAUGACCCCCAUCGGCCUUCCACAAGGCCACUCCCUCUCAUCAGAAGACAGCAGAGCUUCCUCGACUUCGGGGCCCGUGAGCUCUCACGGUCACCGCGUACCCCUCGAACCACCAAUUGAACCGCUGCUGCACCAAGCUCAUCAAGUUCCCCACAUGAUAUCAGCGCCAAGCCUGUCGUCAGAGGAGAGCCUAGGAUCCAUGGGAUCAGCGUCAAUGGACGGCCCCAGACCGCUCAUUGACCCGGAGCUACUCCCCAGCGACUCUAGCACCCCUCCCUACCACCACCACCGCUUCAACAACGAGUCUUUUUCCAGCGCUAGCGUUCCACCCCCCAUCUACGACUCCAUCGCCCACGGACACGGACCUGUCGGCGGCCACCAGAACCAGUUUCAGCGCCUCCCACGUCGCAGCGUUCAUCGCUUACCAUUCGAGGACGGCAGACAGCCCAAGAUGCUCAAGACAUGCCGGGAAGACGCCCAGUCACCACGACGUGAGCGACCUCACGUUCAGCUCCAGGAGCUGCGGGAUACGUCGUGA